GCCACGCUGGCUUCCUUCGCCCCGAGGGUGCCGACAACCAGGCGAUCGGAGUUCGGUUCGUCCCGGCGUGCGUCUCGCUGGUAUGCCAGCUCAAGCGAUGUAGUCACCAAGGGUGACGCCGAGCUGGCGACGUAUCGGUGGAACGGCAUGGAGUGCGCGUACAGGCGCCGCGGGAACAGCGGCAAACCGGUGGUGCUCAUUCACGGCUUCGGCGUCAGCUCCUUCCAGUACCGCGAGCAGCUCAGCGCGCUGUCCAAGAACAACAAGGUGUACGCGCUCGACCUCGUGGGCUUCGGGAAGUCUGAUCAGCCCGAUUUGGAGUACUGCAUGGAGUUCUGGAGGGAUCAGGUGGUCGACUUUGUGGACAACGUCGUGGGCGAGCCCGCUGUGCUGGUUGGCAACUCGAUCGGCAGCCUCACUGCUAUCCACGCCGCUGCAAAGAAGCCGGAAUGUACCACGGGCAUCGUGCUCCUAAACUGCGCGGGCGGGAUGAAUAACAAGGUCAAGCGCAUGCCGGGGGAUUUCGACGGGUUCGGAUGGCAGUACAAGGCGGUGAUCCCCAUCUUCAACGUCGUCCUCGCCAUCAUUGACUUCGUGCUGAAAACGCCGGUGGCCAAGCCUCUGUUUGACAACGUUCGAAACGAGGAGAGCGUGAGGAACGCUCUGAAGGGGGUGUAUAAGGAUUCUUCUAGGGUCGACGAUGCGCUCGUGCAGUCCAUCUGUACGGCUGCCGAACGGGAGGGUGCCUUUGGCGCUUUCGUGAGGAUACUGACAGGCCCUCCAGGACCUCGUCCGGAGGAGCUGAUGCCGAAUGUGAAGUGCCCGAUGCUGAUACUCUGGGGCGAUAACGACACGAUCACGCCCCCUGAUUUCCCCCUUGGGCAGUACUUCAUGAAGCUACCCGACAAUCGCCCUAACACCACCCUGAAGGUUUUCGAGGGAGAGGGUCACUGUCUUCAGGAUGACAAUCCGGGAGCGGUGAACCCCGUGAUAAAGGAGUGGGUCGCUGCGUUGUAAGAAGUUUGUGAGAGUUGUGGGUUUGAGUGUAUUUAUCCAAGAAGCCAUCCUUGCGAGCCCACGUUUCCGUAUUCGGAUGCGCGCUUGUCUCUGUUGACUUUUUUACCCC